UUGUACGAGUCACUUCACUCUCUCUCUCUCUCUCUCUCUCUCUCUCUGUGUCUCUCUCUCUCUGUGGUAGAGACGUAGAGUAGUAGUAGUAGGAGAAGAAGAAGAAGCAGUGGCCACAACCACACUGAAACCAAAGCCCAAACCUUUUUGCUUUUCCUUUUCCUUUUCCUUCUUUCUUCUCUUUUCACUCUUCAUCUUCUUCUCCAUCUGCAUUCUCGCCACUGCACCUUCUCAUCAGAUCUCUCUCUCUCUCUCUCUCUCUCUCUCUCUCUCUCUGCGCCUAAGGUUGCUCUGCUUCUGCUGUAAGCUAAUUGAAAAUGGAGGCGGAGAUAGAUGCUGAUACACUGUUAGAUUAUGCUGAGUUUCAGAUUUUUCCAUCCCACAACAGGUAUGAGGCGCAUGUUUCCUGUGAUGGCGUAUUUGAAAAGUUAGUAGCUGGACCCCUAGAACCACUUUUGCCACAUUUUCUGGAAGUACAUGAAUUAUACUCAAGGGGAUCAAAUGCUACCUUCAAACUCCAACUUCCAGAAAGCCUGCAUGGUGCAGCAUGGUUCACAAAAGCAACUUUAAGCAGAUUCUUACAAAUUGCUGGUUCACCAGAUGUUAUACAUACUGCUUCUGCUCUCAAAGAUGAAAUAUCUCAAUUGGAAGAAGCCAAGAAGUUUCAUGUUUCUUUAUAUGGCCAGCCUGAAGUCGAGAUUGCAUCGCCAGAUGCUUCAAAGAACGAACUUUUGCGGGCUAUGGACUUGAGGCUUACAGCAUUAAGAGGGGAAUUAGCUGCAGCUUUUAGCAAGACUUGCCAUGUUUCCUUCUCCUCUAAAGAGGUCACAGAUUUAGCAAAGUUUUCUCAACAUUUUGGACCAAUAGAUUUCAGGAAUGUUUUCUGCAAGUGCUUAGAACAGUAUCAAGAAAGCAAGACCGCUGACCCCUUGAAUGAUGACAAAUUGUCAUCCACAUUCAAUUUUAGAAAUGACAAUGUUGAUGAGACAGAUGGAAAUUCUCAGAUGUCAAAACCAAUGCAAAGUGCUAAACCAGUAGAAUAUACUGUUUCACCUGCAAAAGUUGCCCAGGUUGAGAGACAGAGUUCAACUGAAAGUGGGGAGUCUUCUGAAUCAAGUGAUGAGGACCAAAGAUCUGCAGAAAGAAGUCGAAGUCUUAUGAGAAAUGCGGCACCUAGAAGGUCGGCAUCUCCAAUGCGGAGGGUUCAGAUAGGUAGAACCGGGUCGCGCAGGGCUGCUGCAUUAACUAUUAAGAGCCUCAACUAUUAUCCAUCUAGGGAAAAGCCUUUUUCUAAUGAAGAUGGUGAAUCCGAACACUCGAAUAAGAAACCUGAGUUUAAUGUCCAAAGGAUCAGUGUUCAAGACGCAAUUAGUCUUUUCGAAAGCAAGCAGAAGGAUCAAGCUACAGAUACUCAAAAAAGGAACUCAUUAACAAAUAUAUCUGCGGUUCCAAAUAAAGCUGUAUUGAGAAGAUGGAGUUCAAGUGUGGGGGUAGCUUCGACCCAAUGCCAAUCAGAAAUUGUCUCUGAAGACUGUGUUCCUGUGACUCCCAAUGGUAAGUCUAAUGGUGAGACUCCAAAAUGUUCAGAGGAAGUGAAGUCAGAUUCUGACCCUUUACCUACAGGUCAGAACACUAUUGAGACUCCAAAGGUUGAUGUCAACCAAGAAAAAUUGGAGAAAAAAUCAGUGCCAUUUGAUAUUCAUGUGGACAGUAGCAUAACUCAGGAAGUUAUUAGAAAAUCAACAGCAUCGAGUGAGUGGAAUCAAGAGAGGGAAGCUGAACUGAACCAGAUGCUGAAGAAAAUGAUGGAAAGCAAGCCUGUUAAAUCUACAAAGUCACAAGCUAGCAGGAACCCAAGCAUUCCCGCUGAGAAUAGAGGUGGGUUUUAUGACCACUACAAGGAGAAGAGAGAUGAGAAACUACGAGGAGAGAAUUCUAGAAAGCGAGCAGAAAAGGAAGCACAAAUUAAAGCCAUGCAGCGGAUUCUUGAUGAAAGGAAAGCAGAAAUGGCCUCUGCAAAUGUGAAUGAUAGUGAUAAAAAACGUGUGCAGAAGCCCCAAAAGUCGCUUGGAAAAUUAUCUCAGCCAGCAAAUCCCAAGAAGGAAACUUUAAAACCUUCUGUUCCAAAGAAGGUUUCACCUAGAACAUCACCCUUGCCUGCUACACGCAAGUCGUGGCCAUCAACACCAACACCAAGAGCCACAGGAGUAUCACCAGCUAAAACUCCUGUUAGUGCCUCUUCUGCCAGCACUACUCCAACUCGUCAAAAACCCAAGCCUACACCACCCACAGCUAAAGUGGAAAGGCCCCAACAGCGAAAGAGAAAUGUGAAGGAAUCGGUGAUUAAUAAUGAUAGGAGCUUGAAGGGAGUGACUGAGAAGCAGCAGCAAGCAGUCAAAAAGAACGGAAAAGCAACAAAACCAACAAAACCAACAGUAGUGACAACUUCUGGUGAUUUUUCUGGUAUAAUUCCAGCGAAGGCCAACAAGUCGACCAAGAAGAGCAGUGUAGUCCCACUGGAAUCGAAACCUUUUCUUCGCAAGGGUUCUAGAGCUAGUUCUGGUGCUGGUCCUGUCGUUAACAAGACCAGAAAUGCUUCUCAAUCAGACGAAUCUUUGAGAACCAGCAAAAACAUGGUUGAAACUCAAGAAGCUGAGGUGGUUGGUAGUGCUUCUGACCUUGUGAGUCAGCAUCAAGGGCCUGAUCUUAUGUCGGUGGGUUUUCCUGAUGAUGUUGUAGAAUCAAAAGCUCCAAUAAAUGAUAAUCUGACGUGUGAUGAGACACAGGAGGGUGACCCAGUUUCUGCUGAUAGUAAUGAUAUGAAAGAUGUUGCAGAUUCACCAACGAAAAUUCAAGUUGAAGAAGAAUCAAUCAUCUCCCCAAGUGCUUGGGUGGAAAUAGAGGAGCAUCAGGCCAUGUCCCCAUAUAACAACAGCAAGUCUCAGCUUACCACUUCAGCCAAUGUUGCACCAUCUGGACUGUCAAGUCCUCGUGUCCGUCAUUCUUUGUCCCAGAUGCUGCAAGAAGAAAGCAAUGAACCAGAUAAUAUUGAGUGGGGGAAUGCAGAAAACCCUCCGGCUAUAAUAUUCCAAAAAGAUGCACCAAAAGGACUGAAGAGGCUCCUAAAGUUUGCUCGGAAGAGCAAGGGAGAUGCAAACAGUACCGGUUGGUCUAGCCCAUCAGUCUUCUCGGAAGGAGAGGAUGAUGACACUGUACUCAGAAAGGCUUCUCUUCAUGCAAAGAACUAUGGGCAGCAAAAGACAUCCUUAUAUGAAGGUUAUGAUGCUCGUGAACUAUACUCUGCUCAAUCAAAUAUCAGCAAAUUUGAGGCACAGAGUUCUUCUCAUAAGUACCAAGAGGGCCGCGACACAGCUGCAGCACCAACAACUAAAGCAACAAGGUCAUUCUUCUCUCUUUCAGCAUUUAGGGGAAGCAAACCAAAUGAGAUGAAGUUUCGUUAAUGCUAGCGAUGAUUAUAGACUAUAGAGUAAUGGAGUGAUGCUUAAUAUAUGCCACUUUGUUCCUGGCCAUUGCAAGUUAGGCGUGGCUGAACUUUUUGACUCGUCCUUGUUCUUCACUGUCGUUGUAGGCUUGUAGCAUGUAUCAGACCACAUGUGCAGGGAUGAGUCAUCCCAAUACUUUUGUAAUCUAUCUCUUUCGUUUUCAAUUUCACAUUGUAAUAUUCUAUCUGUGCAUUCAACAGACCCAUAUUAACCCCCUAUGCUUAGAAUGUUAUACAACUACAGGUUAGUAUUUUUCAAA